CUGGAAGCAGAAAGCAUUAUGAAAAAUCAGUCAAUGGAAUUUCACUUCAUUCUUUUGGGAUUGACAGAUGACCCACGAUUGCAAAUUGUGGUUUUUCUAUUUCUCUUUCUCAAUUACAUGAUGAGCCUGGUGGGGAACUUAGUCAUUGUGUUCCUCACCUUGCUGGACCCUCGCCUCAAAACUCCAAUGUAUUUCUUUCUCCGUAAUUUCUCCCUUUUGGAAAUCAUGUUCACAACAGUGUGUAUUCCCAGAUUCUUGACAACCAUUGUGACUGGAGACAAAACUAUUUCCUAUAAUAAUUGUGCAUCUCAGUUGUUUUUCAUUCUUUUGCUGGGAGUCACAGAAUUUUAUCUCCUGGCUGCCAUGUCCUAUGACCGCUAUGUUGCCAUCUGCAGACCAUUACACUACCCUAUCAUCAUGAACAACAGAGUGUGUUACCAACUUGUCCUCAGCUCCUGGGUGACUGGGUUCUUGGUCAUCUUUCCCCCAUUGGCAAUGGGUCUUGAGCUGGAUUUCUGUGAUUCUCGGAUAAUUGAUCAUUUUAUGUGUGAAACUUCUCCUAUUUUGCAGAUCUCCUGCACAGACACUCAUGUCCUAGAAAUGAUGUCUUUUGUCUUAGCAGUGGUGACACUUGUAGUUACACUGGUACUAGUAAGUCUCUCUUACUCUUUCAUCAUUAAGACUAUUAUGAAUUUCCCUUCUGCACAGCAAAGAACCAAAGCCUUCUCCACCUGCACUUCCCACAUGAUUGUUGUCUCCAUAUCAUAUGGUAGUUGCAUCUUCAUGUAUAUUAAACCAUCUGCAAGGGAGAGAGUGACUGUGUCUAAAGGUGUAGCUUUGCUGUAUACUUCAAUUGCCCCUCUCUUGAAUCCUUUCAUUUAUACAUUAAGAAACCAGCAGGUGAAAGAAGUCUUCUGGGAUAUAUUACAAAAGACUUUGAGCUUUUCAAAACACAAAGUUUAA